UCUCAGUAGUGGGCGCCACACGUAUCAUGCUAGUCUGCGCGGACCAAGAAUUGUGUAAACUCCCGAACCGACCACUGGGAGAGGAAGAUGGGCACGAGUGUCGCCUUGGCUGUGGUGGCAGGCUUCAUGGGAUAUGUGGUGAACCAGAGGAGGAGGGCGGCCAAGAAAUACACCGCGUCUGCAACCCGUGCAUCGCCAAGAAGCAGAAGACACCCGGCUCCUCGAAACAGCCUAAGCGUGCCUCGCCCGAAUCCGAACUUGCCGGAGAUGGCGCCGCGGCGAAAAAGACCAAGCCAGCCGGGAAAGCAGCCGGGAAAGCGGGAAAAUCGACGCGCACGCGGCUCAACUUCGGCCAGCAGCUUGAGGUUCUCAAGCUCUUGGACGAGAAGACGACGUAUGCCGAGAUUGCCCGCCGCUACAGCAUCAGCACCAGCGCGAUUAGCUUGAUCAAGGGCAAGCGACAGCAGCUGGAGCAGGCAGCAGCAACCAACGCACGCAGUACAUCAUGCAAGAGCUCGCGAAGGGGAGAUUUUCCGGAGUUGGAGAAAGACGUCCUGGCCUUGAUAGAGGAAGCGCGGAGAGUGCCGCUGCCUAUCACGCGUGCCACGAUCGAGUCGUUCGGGAUCGCCGUCAGGGACAAGCUGGUGGCGGCGCCGUCAACUCCAGCGGACGCCAAAGAGAGGCUGCGGAUGUUUGGCGCCAGCGAGAAGUGGGUGCGCAAUUUGGUGAAUCGCCACAACUUGACGAGUUUUGUGCUGCACGGCGAGGCCGGUAGCCUCGAUGCCGAGGCCGCCGCCGAAGGCAUGGCGGCGAUCCGGCGGGCGUGCUCGAAGUACAAGGUGGAGAACAUCUUCAACGUGGACGAGACUGGCAUGUACUACAGACUGCUGCCGAAGCGCACGUACCUGUCAACAACGGAGAAGCGGAAGACGGCGAGGGGCACGAAGGGGAUGAAGGCCAAAGACCGUGUGUCGGCCUACAUGUGCACCAACGCCACCGGGACGGCGAAGGUUCCCAUGGCGAUCAUCGGGAGGGCGAAGAACCCGCGCUGCUUUCGGUCCUCGCCGAGUCCGCUCACCUACUUCUCUCAGGCGAAUGCAUGGUCGGACAGCGCAACCUUCAAGAAGUGGUGGCUGGAGGUUUUCAUCCCAUUCAUCCGGAAGUGGACUCACGAGCCGGUGCUGCUUCUCAUGGACGGGUGCGCGUCGCACGGCGAUCUGGUUGAUCCUCGAGGCCAGAUCGAGGUGAGCACGUACCCGCCCAACUGCACCUACAAGUACCAGCCAAUGGACAUGGGUGUCAUCGAGACCACCAAGCGCUACUACCGGAAGGGUCUACUGGACAUCCGCGUGUCAACCAUGUCUUCGGUCGACGCUCUUCGUCAGCAAGCUAAGGACCGCAAGAUGGCUGCCGGUACGAUGGGGUUGGCGGAAGGGCACCCGGCCCACCUCUUGGACGCGGCCGAGCUUCUGGAAGGGGCGUGGGACAAGGUCACGCCCACCACCAUCGCGAGGUGCUGGGUGAAAGCUGAGACUCUUCCAGCAGAACACCAGGCGCAGCUUGCGAACGACGCGGGGAAGGGGGUGGUGAACGGGGCCAAGGACGCUGGGGUGGCAGAGCUCACGGAAACGCUCAACGCGCUCAGCAUCGGCGUCCGCGACGCGGCGUCCGGGCCGGGCGUGCAGGACUCAGAGUUGGUAGAGGUUCUGGCGAAUCUUAACAUCGCCCCGGGCGCGCCUGCUCACCCCACGGCCAUCAAGGCCGUGGAGGCAUGGGCCGGGUUGGAGGAGCAACCCGAGUUUGCUGAAACUCUGUCUGAAGACGCAAAGGAGAUUUUCAUGGAAAAGGUUAACAACACUUUCAAGGAGGACGAAAACAUUUCUGACGACGACGACGAGCUAGACAGCGCCAAAGAUUCUGAGAGUGCGGGGGGUGGUGGGAAGAAGGCGCCGCCGUCGUUCGCGGAGCUGGCAGAUUUUUUUGGUCCUCUAGAACAAUACGCAGUGUCGUGUGGCAUUGGUGACGCCGGGCACUUUCUCCGCAAGGCGAAAAUGGCAUUCUUGGCAGCUACAUUCGCUAGACCGGCACGGCAGUUGGACAUUAGAGUGUUUGCCGACUCGUAGUGCAAUCAGUCGGCUGACGCCUA